CUCAGAACAUCAUACGAAUUUUGUGUCUUUCGAAUCGAUGACAGUCGGGAUAUGCAGAUAGACAACACAGACACUUGAGCGCACACAUACUCGGGCCAGCUGCACCAUGUAUGGAGACUUGGGCAACAAGCUGGUCCAACAUGCCAAACGAACGCAGAACUUGGCACAUCUACCGCCUUACCAGACCGAGAUCGUCCGCGCCGUGACACGCGAAGUGAGGGACCUCGACAAAGAUGUGGGAGAACUUCUCGAGCCUUUCCAGGGUUCAUUCGACCCCAGCGCCGACCAGGCAGUUUCCUGCACGCUUCUCGUGAACCAUCUAUCUAUGCGAAGGAACAAAAGAUGUUUACUUGCCUACCACCGGACACGGACAGACAAGCUGGAGGAGCAGGUAUGGAAUGGAUCAGACGUGGUUGAUCUGUCCGGCCAACAAGUACGAGACACGAGCAACUCUGGCACAGGAAGCAGCGGUGCGACGAGCAGUCUAAGCCCGCAAGAGGAGGAGUACGUUCGACAGUAUAGUGACUUGUUAGCCGCAUACAAAGGUCAAUGGACGGACAUCGACCUCACGGGUAGCCUGGAGCCGCCACGAGACUUGUUUAUUGACGUACGAGUCAUCAAGGAUGCUGGAGAGAUUCAAACAGAAUACGGGGCUAUCACUUUGACUAAGAACAGUCAGUUUUACGUUCGCCAAGGAGAUGUCGAAAGACUUAUAACACAAGGAUAUUUGCAUAAGCUUGGUUGAGGGGUCAUGGUCCGUUGGAUUUGCCAGGCGGUUUAAAUGAUCAUGACUGUUGUGUUGUUAUACCCUGCUAGAUGGCAUUGAUACGAUCACAUGUAAAAGCAUUGCCAUAUACU